AUGGAGGGGAGACCACUCCCGAAUAAUAGCACAAUACUCUCAUUGUCCCGUAUCGUCGAUGCGAAUGGCGUUCUAAGAGUCGGCGGUCAUCUCAAUAAGGCCACACGAACCCUGCCUACCAGCGAAACCAACUCUAUCAUUGUGCCAAAACGCAGACCCAUCGCCAAACUCAUCAUUAGACAUUUUCAUGAGUCAGUCCUCCACCAGGGAAGACACAUCACAGAAGGUGCCGUAAGAGCAGCAGGGUUCUGGAACAUCGGUGGGAAACGUCUUGUGUCCUCCCUCAUACAUAGCUGUGUUCAAUGUAGAAGGCUUCGAGGUCAAGUGGAGCGCCAAAAGAUGUCUGACUUGCCUAUUGACCGGUUGAAACCCAACCCACCUUUUACAUACGUGGGAGUCGACACCUUUGGACCCUGGUCCAUCGUCACCCGCAAGACCAGGGGAGAGUCCGCCCAAAACAAACGAUGGACUAUACUGUUCACUUGUUUGGUCACCCGGGCUAUCCAUAUUGAAGUGGUUGAGGAACUCAGCAGUGCGUCAUUUAUCAACGCGUUAAGGAGAUUUACAGCGAUCAGGGGCAGUGUUAAACUAUUCCGCUCUGACUGGGGAACCAAUUUUGUUGGAGCUGUCAACCCGUUGGAGAUCGACACAAUCAACGUGGAGGAUGGACCGGUGGAAGCAUGUCCAGGUGCCUGCCAACGAUUUCUGGAGACGUUGGAGACAUGA